AUGAACAACCUGGAAGAGCCGUGUCGUAAAGCCGUCUGCGGCGACAUCCCGCCCAUCCCGGACGAGCUCACGAACGAAUACGGCGUCUACAGCUACCUCGUCACCGCCGCCGACAUCCGACGCUUCGCCAAAUCCGAAAGCACCGUAUACAUGCCACAGGAGGUUGUCAAGACAGCUGGCCAAGACGCCGGUUUUGCAUCCAUAGUGCUCCGCGUCGCCUGGGCCCACCUCCAGGAUCUGUACGACGCGAACCCGGAUGGCGACCUACACGUGGUCUUCGCCCGGAUUACACGCAAGUACGGGGGUGCGGAGCGGCCCUUGAAGGACUUCCGUCCGUGGCGCGGCUCCCUCCGGGAUUUCGAAAGGCUGUUGGGGCUCAAGGAAGGCCCCAAGUGGAUGAAGGCCGAGUGGUGA